ACACGCACUCACAGUCAGUGUGAAAUAUCGCGGCCAACGUCGCAACAAUCGGCGUCCCUUUUCCGUCGCACUCGCUUAUUUUGGGGACCACGCUCAGUGUCAGCCCACUUUCUGAGCGAGAAAAAGUAGUGGCAUCAUGAUGAUGAAGCGAGCUUUAGUCGUUUUGACUCUGUCGGUUGGCGUGUCUGCCAGGGCAAGUGCUUUUGCUCCUGGUGCAGCCGUCAAGAACCAUGCCGGGGCUACCCAGUCGGCCAUCCACAAACAAACUCCCUUUCCCACCACGGAGCUGGAAAAGUUGAGACCUCAAACCUCUUUGGCGCUGUCUUCGGUAGGGGGUGCCAAGGCUGCUGAGCAGCCCAAAGGAAACCCUUUGGUGGAAACACUCCAGGUCGGGAGCUACUUUGCUCUCUGGUAUCUCUUCAAUAUUGCCUACAAUAUUUACAACAAGCAAGCAUUGAAUGUCCUCGCUUACCCGUGGACUGUCGCUACUAUCCAAAUGGCUGCCGGACUUGCGUACUUUGUUCCAUUGUGGGUUCUCGGAAUCCGCAAAGCUCCCAAGCUCAAUGCUUCCGAGCUCAAGACUCUCCUCCCGAUUGCUUUGUGCCACACUGGAGUUCACGUGGGUGCUGUGAUUGCCCUUGGUGCGGGAGCCGUCUCUUUUGCGCACAUUGUCAAGGCUUCCGAGCCAGUUGUCACGUGCGCUUUGAACGCACUCCUGUUGGGGCAAAUCUUGCCUCUUCCCGUCUACGCUACGCUUCUCCCCAUUAUUGGAGGUGUUGCCAUUGCUUCGCUGAAGGAGCUUUCUUUCACCUGGUUGGCUCUUGGUUCGGCCAUGCUCUCCAACGUGUCCUCUGCCGCUCGCGGCGUGUUGUCGAAGAAGACUAUGAGUGGCAAGAAAAUGGGCGAGAACCUAGACGCACAAAAUCUCUACGCCGUCCUAACUGCCAUGUCCACGUUGAUUCUUAUUCCGGCCAUGCUCGCAAUGGAGGGAACCAGUUUCUUUUCCGCCUUUUCCCAGGUUGUGGCGAAGGGUGAGUACACGAGGAAAUCUCUGGCCAUGCUGAUCGGGCUUUCGGGUGCUUCUUACUACGCCUACAACGAGGUGGCAUUUUUGGCACUCGGAAAAGUCAACCCAGUCACGCAUGCUGUGGGUAACACGAUCAAGCGCGUCGUAAUUAUUGUUGCGUCGGUGAUUGCCUUCAAGACUCCGAUGAGUACGGGUUCCAUUGUCGGUUCCUCUAUUGCCAUUGCUGGUACUCUUCUAUAUUCUCUUGCUAUGAAUGCGUCCAAAAAAAAGUAAUCUGAUUAGUAAUGUGUCGUCCAUCAUUAGUUCUAAUAGAUUCGCUCUGACUCUGC